CGACGAGUGAAUUAGCAAAAUUCUCCAAAUGGUUGCUUCACACACAAACCCCUCUUUUGGUAAUAGACUCAAUCUUUAUAAAGAUUAUUUGUUUCCCGUAAAGGACUCAUCAAUCUUUAGAAAGUAAAAGAGAAUGAGUUUGACACUAAAGCCUCUGCUUCUGCUUCUACUUCUACUUGUCUUGAGUCAUCAUGCUUGCUCUGUAGGCUCUAUAGUCAAGUUUCUUCCUGGUUUUGAAGGCCCUCUUCCUUUCGAACUCGAAACCGGGUACAUUGAACUUGGUGAGGAAGAGGAAGUGCAGUUGUUCUACUACUUCAUCAAAUCUGAGAAGAAUCCAAAAGAAGACCCUCUUCUCAUUUGGUUAAUAGGAGGACCUGGAUGCUCUUCUCUCGCUGGCCUUUUCUUUGAGAACGGACCUGUGACUUUGAAGUUUGGGGUUUACAAUGGAAGUGUUCCUUCUUUGGUAUCUACUACAUAUUCAUGGACAAAGUGGCUAAGUGAGCAUCCACAGUUUUUCCCUAACCCUUUUUACGUCGCCGGAGAUUCUUAUUCCGGUAUGAUUGUUCCGGCAGUCGUUCAAGAAAUCUCAAAAGGAAAUUACAUAUGUUGCAAACCUCUUAUAAAUCUACAGGGGUAUGUGCUCGGAAACCCAAUAACAUAUGCUGCAUUUGAAAAAAACUAUCGUAUUCCAUUUGCUCAUGGAAUGUCAUUAAUCUCUGAUGAACUCUACGAGUCAAUGAGGAGAAACUGCAAAGGAAAUUAUGGAAAUGUUGAUCCACGUAACACAAAGUGUUUGAAAGUUGUUGAAGAAUACCAUAAGUGCACUGACAAAAUAAAUUCACAACAUAUAUUAAUACCAGAUUGUGAUGACAAAAUUCAUACAAAUCAUACAUCUCCUGAUUGCUAUAAAGGACAUUGGCAGCGAUAUAACUGGACUAUUCCAUACGAUCAUGACAUUAAAAGCAGCGUACCAUAUCAUAUGAGAAACAGCAUCAGUGGAUACCGAUCUCUUGUUUAUAGUGGUGAUCAUGACAUCACGAUGCCUUUCCAAGCAACUCAGGCAUGGAUUAAAUCUCUAAAUUACCCCAUCAUUGAUGACUGGAGGCCUUGGAUGAUAAAAGAUCAAAUUGCUGGACACACAAUAACUUAUUCCAAUAAGAUGACAUUUGCUACUGUCAAAGCAAGUCUUCUUGUGGACACACGGCAGAGUAUAAACCAAACGAGACCUUUAUCAUGUUUCAAAGGUGGAUCAGUGGCCAUCCUUUGUAAUAGAGGCUCAUGGCCAUAAUUACUUAUUAAGGAUAAUCAUAUGAAUCAAGAUACUCCAUCCCUAUAAUUAUUCCCUAUGAUUAGUCUAUAUGAUUACUCUCAUUCAUAAAUCAUAAUAUAGAAUCGUAAGAUUCUCUUAUAAUCUUAUUACUCUUGUAAAACUUGUAUUUAAAGAUCUCUUGUGGUCUAUGCUCAAUAUUACGAAUGAUAUAGGUACUAUAUAUCGUAGAAUAUUCACGCUAGGCGCAGGUUUUGUGAUUUGGAAUUAUAAAUACUUUUGAUUUUUGUUA